AUGCAGAACUCAAGCCUCUUUCAUCGGGGCACAGACUUCCUUUUACUCCUUCCUUUUGCACUCUCGCCGCCUCCUCCCGGGGAGAAGCGGAGGCACCAGCGGCCCGGGGGAGCGACACACCGGGCCACUGAGGCCACGCGAAAAGCUUCUUUCUGGGAGUGCGGAGCUGGGGCCCGGUUGGUGUACUGCUCGGAGCAAUGGCGCUUGUCCCAAACUGCGGAUGCGCGUCCCCGCGCACCAUGUGUUCGUUUUGCAGAGCCAGCCUUCGGGGAGGUGAACCAGCUGGGAGGAGUAUUCGUGAACGGGAGGCCGCUGCCCAACGCCAUUCGGCUUCGCAUAGUGGAGCUGGCCCAACUGGGCAUCCGACCGUGUGACAUCAGCCGCCAGCUACGGGUCUCGCACGGCUGCGUCAGCAAGAUCCUGGCGCGCUACAAUGAGACAGGCUCGAUCUUGCCAGGGGCCAUUGGGGGCAGCAAGCCUCGGGUCACCACCCCCACUGUGGUUAAGCACAUCCGGACCUACAAGCAGAGGGACCCCGGCAUCUUCGCCUGGGAGAUACGGGACCGCCUACUGGCGGACGGCGUGUGUGACAAGUACAACGUGCCCUCGGUGAGCUCUAUCAGCCGCAUCCUGCGCAACAAGAUCGGCAACUUGGCCCAACAGGGCCAUUACGACUCAUACAAGCAGCACCAACCGGCGCCGCAGCCGGCGCUGCCCUAUAACCACAUCUACUCGUACCCCAGCCCCAUCACGGCGGCCGCGGCUAAGGUGCCCACGCCGCCCGGCGUGCCCGCCAUCCCCGGCUCAGUGGCCAUGCCGCGCACCUGGCCCUCCUCCCACUCCGUCACCGACAUCCUGGGCAUUCGCUCCAUCACCGACCAAGGAGUGAGCGACAGCUCCCCCUACCACAGCCCCAAGGUGGAGGAGUGGAGCAGCCUGGGCCGCAGCAACUUCCCCGCCGCCGCCCCGCACGCGGUGAACGGGCUGGAGAAGGGGCCCUUGGAGCAGGAAGCCAAGUACGCUCAGGCACCAAAUGGUCUCCCAGCUGUAAGCAGUUUUGUGUCAGCAUCCAGCAUGGCUCCUUAUCCUACCCCAGCCCAAGUGUCGCCUUACAUGACCUACAGCGCUGCUCCUUCUGGUUAUGUUGCUGGACACGGGUGGCAACAUGCCAGUGGCACCCCACUUUCCCCCCACAACUGUGACAUUCCCGCGUCGCUGGCGUUCAAGGGAAUGCAGGCAGCCCGAGAAGGUAGCCACUCUGUCACGGCUUCCGCACUCUGA